AUUGGCUCCUGGAAAGUAACCCCCAGCAUUCCACACCAUUUAGCUGCAGCAGCUUUUUCUCUCUGGGCUUUUUCUCACCUGAGGUCCUUGAACACUCCCUCCGUCUGCAGCUUUUAACACAUCUGAGGACUGAGGCUUGUUGCCAAAGAGCUGGUGUUGCUGGAAACAUGUUUGCAUCUGCUGUGAACGUCAUCGCCUUUGUGUGCUUCUGUUCACUCCAUCUUACUUUUGGAGAGGACUGUCCCGUUAGGCAGGAAAUACAAGGUUCUCUGAAACAGGUCCAGAAGCUUUUGUCUGCCCAUGAAGCCACCUACACACAGAGUCUUCGCAACCUGAGAAAGAAAAUUAAUUUACUCCAGAGCAGCGCAGGAAGGCACACAGCAAAACACACAAACACCACCUGCCCAAAACUGGAUGCUCCUAUGAAUGGGAGAAAGCUUGGUAAAUCCCACAGCGUGGGCCAUGAGGUCCACUUCCUGUGUGACCUGGGUUAUGAACUUGUGGGAGCUGAAAGCAGAGUCUGUCAGGAAAGCCUGAGCUGGAGUGGCCAGCAGCCCACCUGCCGAGACAUCAAUGAGUGUUUGUCCUCUCCUUGUAUGAAUGGAGGGACGUGUGUGGACGAGGUGAACCAGUUUUCUUGUGUCUGUGCCAAAGGUUGGGCUGGAGUUACCUGCCAAAGCCCCGUACCCACUUUUUUCAUCACCAUGACAAACACUUCUGCUGCCUCUGCCGCCACCACCCUACCAGCUGCCACCACUGGGCCUCAUGUUCGUCCAUCACGCUGCUCCACGGUGCAGGGGACCACCCACUGCACCUGUGAGCCAGGAUACACCAUCUCUGGCAGAGACAGCUACACCUGCACAGAUAUAGAUGAAUGUGAGGUCCUCCAUAAUGGACCAGCUGGGAGACUGUGUUUACAUAAGUGUAUAAACACCCCUGGAGGAUACCGCUGCUCCUGUCCUGCUGGGUACAAUGUGACAACUGAUGGACGCAGCUGCAAAGAUAUCGAUGAGUGUGCCACCAGGCAAAACAACUGCACAAAGGACCAGAUGUGCAUAAAUACUUAUGGUGGGUUCCAGUGUGUUCGUGUCGACUGCCCCAGAAUCGCUCACGCUACAUAUGUCAAGACAUCACCCAUGCGGUGUGAGCGUAACCCCUGCCCUCUGGACAACAAAGCCUGUUCUCAGACUCCAAACUCAUUUUCCUAUCAUUACCUGGCUGUUGUAUCCAACCUGUCAGCCCCCCGCAUCAUGUUCAGAGUCUCAGCGUUACGUCCAAUAGGGGACACCCUUCGUUUCACUUUACUGGGAGGGAGGCAAGCCCGGCGCCACUUCACGCUUCAGCGUUCAGACCGUCAGACGGGUCAGCUGAUGCUGGCGAGCCCCGUGCAGGGCCCUGUCGCUCUGGAGGCAGAGGUGGAAAUGAGCGAGCUGGAGAGACGAGUGCAGCUGGGAAGAUACAUCACCAAAAUCACCAUGUUUGUGUCCCAGUAUGAUUUCUGAGAAGCAAAAACAAACAAGUUGUUGCGCAAGGAUGGAGACAAGCAAGCAAACAAGCAAAGCUCAAACUGGGCCAGACAUAAACAAACUAUCCAAAUUUAAACAAGUUUUUUGGCAAUUAUUUCUUUACAUUCAUGAUACGAUGUCCUUAAUUCAUGUUGCAGAUGUUUUGUAAUCCUGUUUAUUACCGUUUUGCUGCUGACAUUUUAUAUUUGCUUGCCUCCUGUGCAAUAAUUAAAUAUGAUCUACACAAACUCUGGUCCUUUAUUUGUUUGUAUAUAAUACCUUUAAACAUAUUUGGUCAACCUUUAAAAGCUGGAUACUCAUGAAUAAUCUUGCAGAAAGAGUGUGACCUACUGUACGGCGUGAUAAAUGUGAGCAGGGGUUGUUAAACACCACAGUUCCUGCAGUACAGAGCCGUGCUGUUCAGCAGAGGGCAAGCCAAAAUACGGGUGCUGAAAAGAGCUUCUGUGCUCUUACAGUGCAUGAAUAACUAAAUUUAAAACCUGCAAAACAAGUACAUAGAAAAAAAUGCACAUACCACACACAUCAAACAUACAUUUUCUGUGAUUAUUUUUGAAUGCAAGGAGACUUUACAUGAGAGCACCUGGAGAUAGUGAAGGAAACUGGGUAUCGUCAAUGAAUGCAGAGACUUAAUGGCUCCAAUUUGUAAAGAAGAGGAGUUUAAAAGAGCCUAAAAAAUAAAGAAAGAUGUGGAGGACCUCUUAUCUCUUCUGCUUAAUGUCUUUUGUUUUCCUUCCUUUAAUACAUUGAUCUCUUCUGUGUCUAUCCUGGCUCCUUCAGGAUCACCAGCUCUUUCAAAAACACUCCUGUCAC